AAUCAUAAAUUUUCCAAUUAAAAAUUAAAGUAUCCAAUUCAAAUUUAAAAACUAAAUUACUCAAUUGGUAUGUUUUCCCCACCACUCAUUAAUUCCCAACCGUCCGUUUUUACACCCACUCGCACAAUCUGAAUCAAUACUCGUCCCAAGAAGGAAAUUUGUUUUUAUUCAUCCAAGAAGGAAACUCAAAGGACAGGGCUGAGCGAAGAAGGGCCCGAAACCCUAGCCUUUCCUUCUAAUAAAUAAUAUAUUCAAACUCCUAACCCUACAAAUUUCAUCCCUCACCGUAUCUCCAAAAUUCACCUAUCUCAAAACCCUUCCCACUCCCAAUUUCAAUUCGAAAAAAUGGCGAAGAAGCGCCCAGUGGAGGAGAACCCGCCGCCGCAGAAGUCAGAGGAGGAAGAAGAAGACGAGGAGGGAAGCGAAGAGGGAAACGAAGAGGAAAGCGAAUCCUCCGAUGACAACAACACGUCCUCUGCUGCUGCUGCUGCCAAUCAGGGUAAGCAUGCAUCGAACUCUUCCGACUCCGAGCCGGAAUCCAGUUCGGAUCGGUCUUCUCCUUCUGCUUCCGCCUUUCAGGUGAAGCCCGUCACGCCCACCAUGAUCAAGAAGCCCACCCUCGCGGCCUCAAUCGAUUCCGAAGCUGCGGCCGGCAAGAAGAAAUCUGCUGGCAUCAGUGGCGGGAAUGAAGAAGAAGAAGAAGAAGAAGAAGAAGAAGAAGAAGAAGAAGAAGAAAAAGAAGAAGAACAAGGGGAGGACAUGAGGAAAGGCACCCAGGGCCGUUGGAGCGAGAGCGACGAGAUUGCGCUCCUUAACGGAAUGAUCCGGUACAAAUCUGAAAGGGGUUCCGAUCCCUCUUCUGACAUGGACGCUUUUCUCGAUUACAUCCAGAAAUCGCUCCAGCACAAUGUCUCCAAGACCGCCCUGGUGACCAAAGUGAGGAGGUUGAAGGUCAAGUAUCUGAGCAAGGACGAUGGUGAUUCCCCUGUGUUCUCUAAGCCACAUGAACAGAAAUCUCUUAAGCUGGCUAGGAAGAUCUGGGGGCCUGAGAGUCAGAAGAGUAGUAAGAAGAGCAAGAUUGGUCCUCGUGUUGGGGUUACCCUAGCUUUGCCUAAGCAUCAACCUAGUGGCAGCCUUGCCCCCAGUGCCAAGAAGCCUAGGAGGGUCUCAAACAACAGCCGCCCGGAGAAUGGAGAAGCCAAAAGGGUUGCUGCCCAGGUUGAACAAGGAAAAGAAGUCAAGGAAGGAGAGAUGGAAGAGGAGGAGAAGAAGAAGUUGUGUGAGAAGUAUCCUUCUGUAAUAGCAUCCAUGACAGGGCAAUCAGUUGAGGAGAAAGUGAGAAAGGUUUUUAUGAAUGAGGUCGGAAAUAUUGAUGAGGCAAAACUGAAGGUUUGGGAGUCUGGGUGGAAUCAGCUGAAAAGGGCUCAGUUGCAGCUAUUCGUGCAGCAGAAGUCGUUGCAAGUUGAACAAGUGAGAGAGUUACUGGAUGUGUGCAGGUCUGGAUGAGAGGGUAUAUGUUUAUGUGCAGGUGUGGUGAAAGCAGGGAAGGGGUUGGGUUUUCUUUUGGGGAGCUAGGAAGCUGAAUUCUAUCAGGGCAGGGGGUUUUCUUUUGGGGAGCUAGGAAGUAGAAUUCUACCAGGUUUUCUUUUUUGCAGCAGCUUCCUUUGUUAUGCAUGCUAUGUGCUUUUGUCAGAAUUGGAGCAAGUUGGUUAAUGGUGAUACUAUUAGUAUAGGAGGAUUUUGUCAAUUGUGGUUGUCUUCAAUCCAAUUGUUCGGUUUGUGCUAGCAUGGAAUGCUUCUUGUGUGCUUUGUAAUUAAGUUUCGGUAUAGUUUUCGUUAGCCUUCACUUCACUUCACUUAUGGAGGAGAAAGUUUCAAGGUCUUUAGGCGAAGAGCAAGAAAGAAGAGAUCAAUUCACGAUACCAUGGAAGUGAAGGCUACUAUUGCCAUGAUCAAAACCACGUUGUAGGUUACAGUUGUGUGUGCACAAAGCAAAGAUAUAUAAAUUGUGACGAACCCCCUCUAAACUCUGUUAUGUACCCUUUCAUUGUUGUAGUAUAAAUUGAACAUCAACGAACCAAGUAGCCCAUUCAAAAGCAUCAAAUCCCAAGCUACUUGAAGAAGACCUUGAUCAUCACCAUGGCUAAUUCCUUCAAAUCCCAAGCUACUUGAUAAAACUGAUGCUCUAUGUUUAUCUCUCAGCUCUACCAAUCUAGCUUCAGGUAUAGCCAAAAAACCCAACGCAAGCAGUUCCAACAAGCUGGCUGCUGUCAAAUGUUGAUCCUGCUAGGGAGUGAAAUAAAGUAACUGCAUCCCCAGCAUCUUUUGUUGUAAGCAACGCCGGACCCUACGAAACAAUGGCAUAUACUUGCUUGCUUUCCAAAAACACGAGAAGAUAACUGUGAGGUCAAAAUCUAAAGAGUACCAUAUAGUCAUACAGUUUCAUUCAAAUAGAAGAACAUCCCAAAUUCUCAUAACUGAAGACAGUGGCAAAUUCGGAUGAGAAUUAGGGGCCAUACGCCAAAUUAGCAGAAGUUAAUGGCUAAUUCUUUAGCGCAUCUUAUUUUUCCAAAUGAAUUUUUAGUUAGUGAUUGAAACCAUGAACAUGAAAAUUACCACUUUCCCAAGGAAGCAUGAUUAUGAAAAUACAAAGGAACCAAGGUCCAGAAACCUGCAGUCCCAAGAACUAACCGAAUCUAGGAAAAAUGUCAUGCAUCAGCUCUUCAAAAACAAGCUGGUCCACCUGUUUGGCGUGCAAUGCUAUAUUAUUGCCAAAGAAACAGGAAAACAUACUAGAACAAAAAAAAAACAAAAAAGACUAAUUUCUGAAGAAACUAACCACCACACCUGUGAUUCAAUCAUUUCCUCAGUAUAGUAGCCAUCAAAAUAGUCAUCAAUAAUUCCCACUAAAGUCCUGAGCAAUAGAAACAAUUCAGCUAGCUGGCUGGCCACUAAAAGGAAAUAGUGAUCUAAACUCUUGUUUAUUUCAUGACUGAAAUAAAUGCAGACGCUUUUGAGAGAGCAGUGAACAAUGUAAUUCAAUUGCAGGUACAGCAUGGUCUUAUACUUAAGAUACUUGAAACAAAAUUUCCUGCACGCAUCUUUUGGAAUUGGGGCCAUUAAGAAAUUUUUUGACAGAGA